AAGAAUCUUUGACUGGUAAUGAAUUAGCAGGAUGAUGCAAGUCUCGCCCACGAGCUGCGAGGCCACUUACUGCUUUGUUUGUUUCCCUAUUCUUGAAGGUUUGGGCUUGAAAAAGGCGUAGGGAACGAGAUUGGUGAUGCUGUCGGUGCUGAGAGGAUGUGGAAGUGAGUAGGUUUGACGGACGAUGGUGGGAAUGUGUAUAGCGCUCGUUCAAGGUGGUUUUGUACUGCAGUAGCGAGGACAAUUUUCAGUUUUUGUUCCACGUCAACUGGAAUACGAGGUGUCAGGCUCUUGGGUUUGAACCCCAAUUGACAGGAAAGACGGAGAGGUAGCACUGCGGUGUGCGGAUUCAAGCCAGCUUUUAACCUCGAACGUAUUUCCGUACAGAUCAGUCCACUGCCGUUGUCCUGGUUGCUAGGGUUGCCCUAUCGGGUCAGAGAAUUGCGUUUUGUUCGAAAUUGAUUCCAUGCCUGGCCAAGCACUUCCACCGCCUUGCACCUUUUUGAAUGUGGGCCAGGCCUUCACUGGUACACAGAAUGUGUCCAGUGGACAGAAGGACGAGGCAUGGAAAGUGAAUGUUAGAUUACAAGGAUGUGACAUACAAAAGGGUUACUUGUGUGGAAGCAUGGAAGCUCUGAACGUCCCAUCUGCCGAAACACCAGUGGUGACAUUCUGGGAAGGUGAAAUUGUGGAUAACAAGAACUAUACAUUUUUCACCGGCCAGUGGGAUGCGACGCGGGACACGGAUGUUAAUCACUGGGACAAGUUCCCUUCCUUCGCUGCUCUGAAGGAAGACGUAAAGAGAGAUGGCGGUCGCUCCGUGGAUCUGGCAAACUAUCCAUUCAUGUUUAUGAGAUGGAAAGAGAAGUUCUUUGUGAACGUUGGUACCGAUUGUGGGUUGACAAUUGCAGGGUUCUACUACGUGUGCUUUUCCAGGAGCAAUGGCUCAGUCAAUGGAUUUUACUACGAUCCAAACAGCAGUCCCUAUCAGAAGCUUGAAUUAAUGGCAACAAAUGAGGGGCGUAGUGGCUACAGCUUUGCUACCUAUAAAUUUCAAUGAGGACGUUUUCUUAUGUCAACAGGAAGAAAGUUGCACUUGAAGCUAGAUAAAUAGCUCAAAGAUUCGCCACAACACAUACCGAAUCGACUGUGGGCUGCUUUUUGAGACCAGUAGUUGCAGCGCUGUAUUUCUAGAUGUACCAAAUAGAACCAAUAUCCUCUUUGAUCGACUGCAGAGAAGCUUGCGUCUCUCAGCUUGUGUUCAUCAUGAUCUCCGUGGUGAACGUGUCUUGCUGCAACUCUUCUGGUUGUUGGUAAAGUUUUCCUUUAUGUAGACCAGUUAGUUGUAUCGCUGGGAGCAAGCAGAUGCCAAAAGAUCUGCACAUAUUCGCUGUAAAAUGUUCCUUUGUUUCCUGCACUGGAAUAACUGAAGUUGAAUGUGUUUUCCGGGUUGAGAUCUGGCUCACUGCUUUCCUGUGUUUAAUAGCAGUUGAGAUCAAAAGCGUUUUCUAUCUCGAAGAAACGUUCUUGAUUGCACUGGCAGACUGCUGACUUUGUGCAGUCAUUCAUGUCAGAAGCCAGAUUUGUACAUAGAUCAGCUAAAGCCAUGAGUUUUUCACUGUCAAGUUGAUGCCCCGCAGUUGGACAGUUGUUGUAAGACAGGGACUAAGUGAUGUCUUUUUUCACCAUGACAAUAAAUCAUCAGGCGUUGUAUAGGGCUUGUGUCUGCCUGUCAGAUUUUAUUUAUUCU